AUGGAAUGGAGGCGGCGCGAGGUCUACCCGCACGCUACCCCGCUCUCGUCUCACGAGUUCGGCCCUUGUCUCUUUGAGGCGCAGAUCAAAGCACACGCGUUUCUAUUAGCCCUGAUUACGGCGGCGCCCUCCCACCCGCAUUGUCUCCCGCGGCCGUCGGGGUGUCAAGCAGCCCUGCGGCACCGCUGCAAGUUUAAU